CAGAGCCCGGCAGAGCCCAGCCCAGCACAGCGCAGCUCAGCUCAGCGCACAGAGGAUUAGUACACCCGAGCCGGGCGGAGGUGACAGCGGCUGCCGCGGCAAGCGCUGCCCGGGUCACUCGCUGCCGGCACACCCCGGCACACACACCGAGCCGCCGGCGGAAUCUCACCCAGUCAGGGAAGGUGCCCGUCCCCCACUUCGCCGCUUUCCGCCGCCAAUCGCCCGGGACAUCCCCCACACCGAGCCCGGCCGCCGCCGCCGCCGCCGCCGCCGCGCCAUGGCGAUCGCAAGGCAAGUGCUUUGUCUCUCUGCUUUCCUGGCGCUGCCGCUCGCUCGCGCCGAGCCCAUCCGCUACUCCGUAGCCGAGGAGGCGGAAAGCGGCUCCCUGGUCGGCAAGCUGGCGGAGGACGCGGGGCUGACGCCGCCGCAGCUGUCGGCUCGCCGCGCCCGCCUGCUCUCGGAGGACGGCCGGCAGCAUUUGCGCUUAGACCGCGGCUCCGGCCGCCUCCUCGUGGCGGGGAGGCUCGACCGGGAGGAGCUGUGCGCCCACUCGGCCAGCUGCAUGCUCCCCUUCGAGCUGCUGCUCUCCGACCCCCUGCAGUUCUUUCGGAUUGAGGUGACUCUGAACGAUAUCAAUGACCAUUCGCCCGUCUUCCCCGAGGAACGAGUAAUUUUUAAGAUUCCGGAGACGAGCGACACGGGCUCUCGUUUCCCACUGGAGGGGGCUCGUGAUCUCGAUAUCGGCAGCAACGCAGUGCAGGCGUACAGUAUCUCUCCCAAGAACGAAUAUUUUAGUGUCUUCUAUGGGACUCGGAAUACAGGCAAGAAGUAUCUGGAACUGGUAUUGGAAAAACAGCUAGACAGAGAGGAGCAGGAAGAGAUGCGUUUUAGUGUCAUUGCUGUAGAUGGCGGUUCUCCUUCCAGGAGUGGCACAACCGAAAUACAUAUUCUGGUUCUAGAUGUAAAUGACAAUGCUCCCAUCUUCUCAAAUGAAGAAUACAUAGGGAAAGCCCUGGAAAACAUGCCAGAGGGCUCUGUGGUUCUCACUGUAGUGGCAACAGACCAGGAUGCAGGAAUUAAUGGGGACAUUUAUUACGAAAUCAUUGACGCAAUGGAACAGACCGUCUCGCCAUUUGUAAUUGAUCCUAUAACUGGUGAAAUUAAAAUCACAAAACCGCUCGACUUCGAGGCAGCAAAAACCCACGUGCUCAGUGUGAGGGCCACAGACGGUGGGGGGCUCUCAGCAAUCUGCAAAGUGCAGGUGGAGGUGGUGGAUGUGAAUGACAAUGCCCCAGAGCUGACGGUCAGUUCCUUCAGCAGUCCCCUCCCCGAGAACACAGUGCCCGGCACCGUGGUUGCCCUGUUUACGGUCAGGGACCGCGAUUCUGGUGCCAACGGGAAGAUCUCGUGUGCCCUGGACGAUCAGCUCUUCUUCUCCCUGCGGCCAGCCUACAAGAAUUACUAUGAGCUGGUGACAGUGAGCGCGCUGGACCGCGAGCACACGGCUCGCUACGUGCUCAGUGUCACAGCAGCAGAUGCGGGCUCGCCUCCUCUCACAAGCACGCACACCUUCACCGUGGACAUCUCGGACGUCAAUGACAACGCGCCCGUCUUCAACCAGACGUCCUACACCAUGUACGUGCGGGAGAACAACGCGCCCACGGUGUUUGUGGGAGCCGUGAGCGCUGCAGAUGCUGACGUGGGGCUCAAUGCCAAGGUGACCUAUUCGCUGGCCCCGGUGGCGGCGGCAGAGCGGCCCUCGUGCUCCUGCAUCUCGGUGAACUCUGAGAACGGACACGUGUUUGUGCUGCGGCCCCUGGACUACGAGCGCUUGCGGCAGAGCGAGGUGACGGUCAGCGCCUCUGACGCGGGCUCUCCUCCCCUGCGAGCCAACGUCACCGUGCGCCUCGUGGUGCUGGACGAGAAUGACAAUGCACCGCUCGUGCUCUACCCGGCCCAGGACAGCAGCCCAGCGUCCAGCGAGCUCGUGCCCGUGUCGGCCGAGCCGGGCUACCUCAUCACCAAAGUGGUGGCCGUCGAUGCCGACUCCGGACAGAACUCCUGGCUCUCGUACCACCUGCUCAGGGCCACCGAGCCCGGCCUGUUCAGCGUGGGUGUGCAGAGCGGCGAGGUGCGUCUCAAGAGGCCGGUGACAGAGAGGGACAGCGUGAAGCACAAGCUCCUUGUCCUGGUCCGGGACAACGGCAAGCCCCCGCUGUCAGCCACGGCAGCUCUGAGCGCGCUCCUGCUCAAGGACUUCUCCGACGUGCGCCUCCCGCACAGCAGCCCGCCCGCAGACGAGCAGGGCGACUCCCUGACCACCUAUUUAAUCAUUUCCUUGGUCUUUGUCUCGCUCCUCUUCCUCAUUUCCUCCGCGCUCUUUGUGGCUCGCAAGGUGUGCAAGAGCAAGGAGCUGAAGGCUGCCCAUGUGCUUUCUGGUGCCCACAACUUGCAGAGCGGCCUGGCCGAUGCAGCCGCUGCAGGGACCCUGCCCCGCGCCUAUUGCUACGAGAUCAGCCUCACCACGGGCUCGGGCAACAGCGAGUUCCAAUUCCUCAAGCCCAUCCUGCCCAGCCUGCCAGCACAGCACUGCGCCACGGGCCAGGGCCCCCAGGAACAGCAACAGGAUUUCCCCUGUGUCCCUGUCAGCACAGAGGACAUGGCACCAGACAAUGCUGGGACUCUCUCUGCACGACAAUUUAGCGCUCUUGCCUUGAACUAGCCCAGGGUCUGCAGAGCCAGAGGCUUCAUGGCUCAUGGGAGGAAAGGAUCCGAGUUGCUGCAUGUUGCCAUGGUUCCUCCAGAUAAAACCUCUGCAUCCCAUUUGCAAAACAAAUUUCCUACCAAUUCCCGAUCAGAAUAAAAUGUGUCUUCCUCACCAAAUCCAAAAAUGUCGAAAAAAACUUUCUCUGAUUCUCUCCCUUAGACAAUAGUCGAGUUUUCCUCUGUCACAGCUCUUUCUAAUCGACUUUGGUCAUGUAUUCCCAGCUUUGCUGUUUAGUCUCUUGCUGUCGGACAAGAUCUUUGAAUUCCUAUUCCUUUUUAUAGCUUAAUGGGAAAAUUGUGUAGGGAAACCUCACACUUGCUAAAAUGGCCCAAAAUCCUUUUGUCAUCUUAGAAAAGCAGGGUAGUUCUGAAUACUGUGUCAUGAUGUUCUCUUAGCAUGCAGCUUUUUCUUUCUGGGGUUCUGGAUAUCUCUGUCUCAGAUAGGUGAGGUCUCUUUGUAAUCCUUUUUCUCAGUAUAUCUCUCUGUAUGGCCCUUGUGCAUCUGCAGAUUCCUCAUUGCCUCUGUCAAGUGAAACAAUGAAUUUGUCCCACCCACCUUCAGCAAUGCUGGCCAUUCCAACUCUGCAGAUUCAAAAGGCUAGUUUGAGCCUAUAUGUUCACAGGUUUCAUCUUCUACAAGGAUGAGAGGAACAGGAAAAUGCACAACAAAGAUCCAGUGUGCUGUCUGUGGCAAUGAUUCCUCCAGAGAAAACCACUUUCUCCAAUUGGCAUAGCAAAUUUUCCAAAUUUCGAGUCAGAGUAAAAUUUGUCAUCUUCUCCAAAACUCUAUUAAGGAAAAAAAGGUAAUGUGGUUUCUGCCUCAGAAAAUAGUGUUUUUAAAUUCUGUCACAGCCAAUUCUAAUCAGCUUUAAUAAUGCACUCCCAGCUUUGCUCCUGAUUCUCUUGAUGUUGGAAACGACAUUGGAUCUCUUACUCUUUGUUAUAACUUAAUGGCACCGUUGCAUAGACAAAUCUCACUCUUUCUUAUAUUACCCAAAACACUUCUUCCCAGCUUAGAAAACCAAGAUAAUUCUGAAUACUGUGUCAUGUUGUGUUAGCACACAGAUUUCUCUUUCUGAGGUUCUAGAAGUCUCUGUCUUAGUUGGGAGGGUUCUGAGUUUUUGGUGUCUUUUCUCUCAGUAUGAGUGGCUGUGGCCCUGGUACAUCUGCAGAUGCUUCACUACUUCUGCCCAGUGAAACACUGAAUUUGUCCCAUCCAGCCAUUGCUGGCUGGAAUUCCUGCUCUGCAGAGUCAAAGGCUAUUUUCACCCAGGGUCCCAGGGACUCAUCUUCUUCAAGGCAGAGAGGAGAAAGAAAAUGCACAACAAAAUCUUCCUUCAGACUGUGUGUGGGUUUGGUGUUCCAUCCCCCUCAAAUUGCCUUGCAAAUACAGCAAGAGCAGAUGUGUUAGGGCAGGCACUAACUGUAGAGUCAUGAAAAAUUAUUCAUUGCCUUUCUGGGCAUGAAAAUGUGUCAAGUCCAUCAAAGAUAGUUUCCUGAAGUUAGAAUCAAGAAGACCUUGAAAACAGGGCAUUGAGUUUUGAUUCCUCAUUCCUCUUCUGAAUUCUGUGGCUGUUUCUUGUUGGGAUUAGAAAGCUGUCCCGGCAGAAGUUUUUUUAAUUUCUCUUGGAGCGUUUGCAUUUCCAUUUUUGCCCUUUCUCCUUCUACCCUCUGAACUGUGCAGACUAUUGUACUGAGCCUGUUCUUCUAGACAAGAAUUUCCACCCAUCUAUAAUAACUUGUUGUUUGAAUAAUGUCUGUGAUGCAUGGAAUACUCAGAAAGACUCCCUCACUCUAUGUUGUGCUGAAGUUAUGCAUUUUAACUUUGUAAAUUGAUAUAUCUAUGAGUUUAAAAUUGAAAAAAUAUACAGAACCGAAGUAAAGACAAGACUAUUACACUUUUUAUGGACAUCGAAUUAUUUGAUUUUUUGGAAAAUCUCGGGCAAGAUUCUUUAAAAUUCCAAGGGUAUCUUUCGUACUAUGUCCCUUGAAAGAAGCAAUAUUGGGUGGGCACAUCUCCUUAGUUUGGAGAUGAAGCAGGACCAAUGCUCGCUGGCAUUGCCGUGCUGUCAAAAUCGCCCUGUCCCUGUGCUGUUUAUUUUGCAAGGCCAUAACGCUUGAUUGUUGUGGGCUGAGCCUCGGCUUUAGGCUGGGCUGGGAAAGGCCGCGUUCGGUUCUUGCGGCCGGGUGUCUCGGGAGGUUCGGAAUCGCGGCCCGGGGCGAGCGGCAGCGCGGGCUGCGGGCGGCGGCGGGUGCAGUCCCAGCGCGCACCGCUGGGUGGUGCCCUCGGCCAAGGCGGCGCCGAGCGGCUGCGGCAGCGGAGGCGGCCGAGCCCGGCCCAGCCCAGCAGAGCCCAGCCCAGCAGAGCCCAGCCCAGCCCAGCCCA